AUGGUCGCGGCACCAUUACUUCGCCCUCCCUCGGCUGGGUGGAGGAGCUUAGGGUCAACACUCCAUACAAGACGGGCCGGCCCUGCAAAGAGCUCACUUCAUACCAAAAUAGCUCAAGUUACGAGUGGGAAAUGUCGAUACUUAUCCACCUCGGUGUCCAAGUGGCAGACAGAUACGCUGGACCGCACACGUAACAUUGGAAUUAUUGCCCACAUUGAUGCAGGCAAAACUACAACGACAGAGCGGAUGCUCUUCUAUAGCGGCUUCACCAGGCGCAUUGGAGAUGUCGACGAGGGUUCGACAGUGACUGAUUUCCUUCCUGCUGAGCGAGCGCGCGGAAUCACAAUUCAAUCCGCUGCGAUCACCUUCCACUGGCCACCGGGGGAAGGAGCAGAGGGUCAGCAGAUUGAUUGCGACCCCAAACUGCCCAAGUCGGCGGUGUCCCACACGAUCAAUUUGAUAGAUACUCCGGGACACGCCGAUUUCACAUUCGAGGUUUUGCGCUCGUUGCGAAUUCUCGAUGGUGCUGUUUGUAUUCUGGACGGCGUGGCUGGUGUGGAGGCUCAAACCGAGCAAGUCUGGCACCAAGCAAGCACCUACCAAAUCCCACGCAUUAUCUACGUGAACAAGCUAGACCGAGAUGGAGCUGCCUUUGGCAGGACUGUGCGAGAAGUCAGCUCUCGUCUCGCCGUGUACCCGGCCGUCUGUCAGAUUCCUUGGUUUGAAGGCGGCAACGGUGCUUUCGUGGGUGUCGCGGACGCGAUCAAUCUGCAAGGCUUGCGGUAUAAAGUGGGCGACGACGGCCGUUCCGUCAAGAUGCUGAGUUUGGAGCAAUUGGAGGUUGAAGAACCUUCCCUAGCCCGGGAGCUGCGUAAUGCACGCGUUGCGCUAGUUGAGCUGCUAAGCGAAAAAGAUGACGCCAUUGUGGAAGAAUUCUUCGAGUGUGAUGAGAAUCAUCUUGCGGUAUCUUCUAUGGCCAUCAUCAGUAGUCUCCGGCGAUGCGUGCUUGAUCAGUUCAGUCAGGUGAUUCCCGUAUUUGCUGGAGCAAGUUUCCGCAAUAUGGGUGUUCAGCCUCUGCUCGAUUCAGUGGUGAACCUCCUUCCUAGCCCGCCAGAGAGCCCUGACCCGGAGGUCAGCAUUGGUGGAGUAACUGGGGGGCUCAGGCGCUUGCUCUCUGGGGACCUCAUCUUGGAGCAGACUGAGAAGGCCUCUGCCCCGGUCAAGGGCAAAAAGAAAAAGAAGGCUACAGCUCUUGCGGACCCCAGAGAUGCGAUCUCGAAACUCCAGAGCUGUGCACUUGCUUUCAAAGUCGUCAACGACCCCCAAGCGGGGCGUUCUGGUCGCGCGCCGCGGCUGCUAAAAAUGUAUGCGAAUGAGGCUGUGGAGGUGGACAGCAUUCCGGCUGGACACAUUGGAGUCGUCGUUGGGCUGAAACAUGCCCGCACGGGGGAUACACUGCUGUCUUAUGCUGGGAACAAGCCUACACCACCAGAGCCACUGACCAGCCUUCAACUUCGACCCAUUGAUGUCCCUCCUCCUGUCUUCUUCACAAGUGUUGAGCCACACAGUCUGAGUGAGGAGAAGCGCAUGCAUGAAACACUAGCUCUGCUGCUUCGAGAAGAUCCCAGUCUUCACGUGAGUAUUGACGAAGAAUCAGGCCAAACUCUGCUCAGCGGCAUGGGCGAACUUCACCUCGAGAUUGCUCGGGACCGACUUAUCAACGAUCUCAAAGCCAAGGCAUCGAUGGGCCAAAUCGAAAUCAGUUAUCGAGAGACCGGACUGGGUGCAUCCAACGUCGUCACCAAAAUCUUCGACAAAGAAGUAGCUGGGCGGCGCGGUAAAGCAGGUUGCACAGCAGUGGUUGAGCCCAUUGAUGACCGAGACCUUUCCGAAGUUGCCGACGAAGAUACUCUCUUGGCCGAGACUGUCGAAGGAAACCAGAUCGUCAUCCGUGUCCCCGGCCUGCAAGUCGAGCGCUCGUCCCGAAAUGACGAAGAAGCAAGCCCUCUUCUCCCACCAGGUUUAGAAGUGUCCUCUCUUCGCGCUGCCCUCCAGAAUGGUGCGCUUGCAGCUCUUGCACGUGGGCCCCAAUUCACAUUUCCAAUGCACAACACACGAACCACGUUAACCAUCAACCCUGAAGAGCAUCUCUUCGGGUCUGACACGACUACUUCCGCACUCUCAGCCGCUGCGAGACAAGCGACGUCCGCUGCCUUGCGUGAUCUCCUCUCAGGUCCGGGGACCGUGAUGAUGGAGCCCGUCAUGAACGUGAUCAUCAGCGUAGACGAAGCGAGUCUCGGCUCGGUGGUGCACGACAUCUCCUCUUCCCGGGGUGGGCACAUUAUCUCCUUGGACGAGGAGGUCCCACUCUCAGCCACAGAUGCCUCAAACACAUCCAUAGAAGACGCUCCUCGCCCGAUUGACCCGAAGCGAGUGUAUGCGCCGCCCGAUCCGUUCGAAAGUCCCUCGAUUGGAAACGAUGUCCCUACCGCUGUGUCCCGUCCUCGCACUAUCACUGCCAAGGUGCCCCUGAAGGAAAUGGUCGGGUACUUGAAGCAUUUGCGAAGUCUUACUGCUGGUAGGGGAACUUUUGUUAUGAGUGUCGAUCGUUUUGAGAAUAUGUCUACUCCAAGGCAAAAGGCUGUACUUGCUGAGUUGAGAGGAGGAUUCUAA